UUUUUCCGCUUUCCCCUAAAUAGGGAUAACAUAACAAGAAUUUACUAUAAACUUAAAAUCAUUCUAUAAUAUUUUGACACAACAUUUUUAAUCAUGACAAUAAUUACAAGUAUAAUAUUUAAAAUUAUUUGUACUUCUAUUUAGGACAGUUCCUGUUUUUUCUUUUGUUAAAAAUAAAAACUGUAUUUAUUUAAGACAUGUUAUGGAGAGCAAUACAGAUCCUUCUGCGGAUUUGUAACGCAGAUUAAUACGUAUAUUCGUCGUAGAGUGAACAAGAGUUGGUGUGGUGUAGUGGUUAUCACGUCAGUCUUACACACUGAAGGUCCCCAGUUCGAUCCUGGGCAUCAACAUUUUGUAUGUUUUCAUUUUUGGAUCUCUGAGUUCUUGUUUUUUCGUUAAUCGAAAAAAUGCUUCUUUUUCAGAUUUUCUCCGCCUCUCGUCCUUUUUUUUUCCAGUUUUCAUGGCUAUGGUUCAGAGAGCAACGAGGGCGGCGUCAAUCACAAAGACCCAUUUACUCCCAGUCUCCACCUUCCGCCGCCGGCAACCCCGCCGAACCUAUGCUCAGACUCCUCCUGCCGCCAAGAGGGUUCCUUUCACGGUUUCUGCUCAUGGGAAGUCUUGGGUCGACCCGUAUCACUGGAUGCGCAAAACGGACGACCCGGAUUUCAUGAGCUAUCUCCAGCAAGAGAAUGCAUAUGCCGAGGCUUUCAUGGAGGAUACUCAAGAAAUGCAGAGGACUCUGUACACUGAGAUGGUUUCUAGAAUUCCCUCCAGAAUUUCCACCCCUCCUGAACGAUGGGGUCCCUGGUUUGUUCAUCUUCUCCGUCCCAAUUUUUCCGCCCACUGUAUUUUUACUGUUUUUGAUACCUUGAAAACCACCAUGUGAGACAAAUUAACUAUAAAAAUCCCCUUUUUCCGGUGAAUCUCUGUAGUCCAACUUUAUAAGGUAUAUAUAUUUGAAGCAAGUCAACUCUAAUAAUUUCUUUUAUCAUGGUGGCAUUGUUUCAACGUUUCUAUCGUUUUUCAUAAUUCAUGUAAUUGAAAUUCUAAGCUACCUUUGCUUCCACGUUAUAAAAAAUUGUCAAUCCUUAAUCACUAGUAAGACCAAGUCACUAAGAUGGUAUCUAAGUAUCUAACGAUGAAGGACAUUGAAGGUCUAACAAUUUCCCACAAGGUUUUAAAACAUUUAUAAUUACCCUUCAAUGGCCUAUGGUCACCAAGCUUAUCUGCUCAAGUCGAUACUAGAUAUGGGUGUAUCCUGAUCACUUAGUCCCUCGACAUGGAAUGCACAAACAAGUAGUACAUUCCAUAUGGAGGGACUAGGUGAUCGGGAUUUACACAUAGGGCUAGGUUCAUCUUUUCUUAACUUGAAAGUGAAAGAAAAAUUAUAGGGCUUUGUGACCAAUAAUCACCAUGUGAACAAACUAACCUUAAGAAUCAUGUAUUUAACCUGUACAUGGUUGCAUUUUAUAGGUAGUUAUUUGCACAAUGUAAACAAAGUACGCAAAAGUAGGAUUUUGUGGGCUUGUGGCUCAUAAAACAUCAUUUAGGCUAUGUUUGGUUGCCAAAAAAAUAUGUUUUGAGAAAAUGUUUUUUUUUUUUCUUUUUCAUUUUUUUUUAUUUACCCCUCCAAGAUCCCUGAGCUGGUAAGAAGAGAAAAUGCUUUCUUUUUUACUUUUGUGGCCAAAACUUUUCUUGUUCUCUAGGAAAAUAAGUUGCAAUUUUUUUUAGAGAAAGUUAUUCUACUCUUGGUGGAAGAGUGAAGUAUAUCAGUUAUACGGAGUAAUAUUUUUCAUGUGUAAAUACGCAGUAAAACAAUUCUCUUAUCCAGGGAAAUGGUCAAGUGGAGCUGAUCAAUUCUGCCCUGAAGUAAAUAGUCCUUAUUAAGUAAUUUGCAACAAACAAGAAGGCGAUUCGAUGUUAAUUAAAUUAUUGGUUUCCUUUAGUAGUUUAGUUUAACCAUUAUGAUGUUAUGAAUGUAUAGUGUUUUAUUGUAGUUUAGAUUUUUUUUUUUUAUGUUUAGUGUUUUAUCACUUUAUGGAGUGAAACUAAGUUGCAAUUUUUUUAGAGAAAUUUAUUCUACUUUUGGUGGAAGAGUGAAGUACAUUGGUUAUAAUAUUUUUCAUGUGUAAAUACGGAGUAAAACAUUUCUCUCAUCCAGGGAAAUGGUCAAGUGGAGCUGAUCAAUUCUGACCUGAAGUAAAUAGUCCUUCGUAAAUAAUUUGCAACAAAUAAGAAGAAGAUUCAAUGUUAAUUGAAUUGUUGGUUUCCUUUAGUUUAAUCAUUAUGAUGUUAUGAACGUAUAGUUUUUUAGUGUGGUUUUGAUUAACUUUUUUAUAUGUUUAGUGUUUUAUGGAAUGAUAUAGGCUAUACUCUCAGUACAUUCCAGAGGGGAAGGAGUUUCCAGUCUUGUGUAGGAAGUUGGCUAAUGAGAAUAAAGGUUGGAUCAGUACGAUAACCAAUCAUCUUCAAAAAGCAAGUGUCUUACAGAAAGCGGAGAUAUUGCUCGAUUGGAACGAGAUAGCUGAAAACUAUGGAUAUGUUCAUGUAGGUACAUGUCGAAUCUCGCCUGACCACAAUUUUCUAGCGUACACAGUUGAUGUUAGUGGCAGUGAGGAGUUCACACUUCAAGUUAAAGAUCUUAAGAGUGGACACAUUCUUCCGAAUCUUAAUGUCAAUGGAGUUGCUAGCUUGGAAUGGGCUGGAAACGGUCAUACUUUACUGUAUACAUUGAUCGACCAACAACAACGACCUUACAGGCUACAGUGUGUGCAACUUGGAUCAGAUCAGAUGGAUCAUGUGGAACUGUUUACUGAAUAUGAUUCUAAUUUCUGUCUGGAUAUUGCACGUACAAAAGAUGGGAAAUUCAUAACUUUGAAUUCUAAUUCCAGGACUUCAUCUGAGGUGUAUAUCAUAAAUGCAACCAAUCCGUACACUGGACUUACAAAAUUUUGUAAUCGUGUCUCUGGUGUACAAUAUUUCUUGGAACAUCAUCAUGGUGUUUUUUAUGUCCUCACAAAUGCUCUAACAAGUAAUGGUAUGGAGUUGCCAGAAGGUGGAUUUUAUUACUUAGCAAGAGGCCGGGUAGAAAACUUUCAGUCUACCAAUUUGCAAAAAAUCAUUGUACCAAGUGGAGAUAUUUUCUUGAAAGAUAUGGAUAUGUUUAAUGAGCAUCUCGUGCUGUACGUCAACAAAGCGGGUUCGUCAUGUAUAUGUUCCCUUCCAAUGAAGAGUAUUGUUAACUGUGAGAAACCAAAGGACAUUGAAGAUCUAAGUCCAUGGUUCUUUCCUCUCCCCUCAGAUAUGUGCUCAGUAGCUCCUGGUUCAAACCAUGAUUUUAUGAGUUCAGUAUAUCGUGUUAUCAUCUCAUCUCCAGUGGUACUUUUGUCUACAAAUUGAUAUGCCUGACAUUAUUGUUGACUAUGAUAUGGCAAAGAAUUCAUCCACCAUUGUGAUGCAAGAAGAAUUGGCAAAUAUCUCAAGUGGGCAGAAAUGUGAAACUCGAAAAGUUGAAGGACCGGCAUGGAGAGAUUUUACAGGAGUCUAUGCUUGUGAAAACAAAGAAGUUAUCUCACAUGAUGGAGUGAGGAUUCCUUUGACUAUCAUUUACUCUCGUAAAGCACACCAAAAAGGUCAAUCUUCAGGUCUUCUGCAUGGGUAUGGAGCUUAUGGAGAUGUUCUUGAUAAAAGCUGAGGCGGUGAUGGCCCUCAUCCCACGUGGCAUAAAUCUGGGAGUGGAUUACACAAGUUAAACUCCAUCAAUGACUUUGUAUCAUGCGGACAGUACCUUAUUAACCAGGGUUAUGUUCACACUAAUAAGCUUGGUGCUAUCGGAGUUAGUGCCGGGAGUCUUCUUGUCGGGGCAGCCAUCAACAUACAUCCCGGACUUUUUCAGGCUGCAAUUUUAAAGGUUCCUUUUCUUGAUAUAUGCAACACAUUGUUGGAUCCGGCUUUACCUCUCACAGUCUUGGACUAUGAAGAAUUUGGGAAUCCUCAGAUUGAGUCUUACUUUAAUUAUAUUAUGAAGUAUUCUCCUUACGAUAAUAUAUCGCAUGCAUUAUGCUUUCCCACCACGCUUGUCACAUCUUCAUACAAUGACUCCAGAGUUGGUGUCUGGGAAGCAGCUAAGUGGAUCGCCAAAGUACGGGAUGAAGCGUGUUCAAGGUGUUCUGGUGCAGUUAUUCUAAAGACAGAUAUGAGCGGGGGACAUUUUGGCGAAGGAGGGCGUUGUGGUCACUGUGAAGAAGAAGCAUAUGAAUAUGCCUUUCUGAUGAAGGCUCUUGGCAACAUACCGAAGUGAACAUUGGGAGAACAAUGGCGAGGCGGAUGCUGAGUUGGAUAAAAUGCACUCAUCUAAACUUUUGUAGAUAUAGUUUUACUUUUUGUUGGUAUCAAGUCUUUAUUCAUCUAAACGUUUUGCUGAUUCAUUGGUAGAAUAUCAAGAUAGCUUCAUAGCUAUGACAUGAUAUAGGAGUAUCUAAAUCAGAAAUUGCCCUAAAUAGGAGUAAAAGAAUUUUGAAAUUCCAAAAUAGGACUAUCGUGUUUUUCAUUCCCUCAAUAAGAGUAAUCAGAAAAAAUUGUCAUGUUUAAACUUUAAAGUCUAGUAAUAUCAAGCUUGGCAGAAAUUUACUCAUAUUCAGAGAAUAAAAAACAAUAAUAGUUCUAUUUUGGAAUUCCAAAAUGUUUUUUCUACUAUUUAGGGGAUUCUCUUUAUAUAAAUUGUAACCAAAGCGUGGAUAAUAUAGUGUGUAUAAUAGUUUCCCUAAAUUGGUCCAUAAUGAAGUUUAUAUGAAGUCUCAUUACACUAAA